AAGCAUUUUGCUUUGUCAAUUAAAGAAUACUGGAAUUCAAGAUUUUAUCUGCUUCAGAAUUGGGAAUGGUUGUUGAUGAACCAAACUAGAAUCAGUUUCCACUUGUUGUGAUCUAACAGGACCAUGUUCAGUUCAGAUCUUGCCUACGCUUCUCAGUUUGAUGAAGAUAACUGGGGAAGUCCUCCCAGUUACCUUUCACAAAAUACUAAAAUCAUUCAGCAUCCAUGGAAACUGUCCACUGACACAGAAUCUCUUCAUGUAGAUUUUAUACUCAUCGCAGAAUUCUCAGAACUUGAGGGACCCAAACCUGUGAUAACCAUUCCUAAAGAUGGUGCUGGAUUUUUUGAUGUCAGUGAAUUUGCUGUACGAAUCAUGUCAGUGGACCAGGCAACAGCAGCAUCUGGUGGAUUUCACAUGACAGAAGAUUCCCAAGUCAUUCUGUCUGAAAACAGUAAAUGUGUUUAUGCCUUUGUUCACCAUUUUGUCCUGUUUGACAAGCAAGCUCGAGGAUAUGUUCGGCCAUUUGCUGUUAGCUAUGUCACCAAUGACCAAAGAAAAUUAGUGUGUUUUUAUGAAGAACUAAGCUCACAUCUUAAAAAGGUUGCAAGAUAUUUUAAGUAUGGUAACAGGAUGGUGUUUAAGAAUGAUGUGGACAGGUAUUUGAUGGACCUUGAGUAUACUAAAGCACAAGAACUGCCUCACUAUCGUACAGUGAUGAAUAAUACCCAAGCCUCCUCAGGAGUUAGUGAGAAGGAACUUCUACAGAAUCUUAAAACUCUGGAGUCUGUGAUCACUGAAGUUAAAUCCAUCCUCAACACUAUCUGUGCUUCUAUGACUGAUAAAAGACUGGAACAGAGAUUUUCACGUCUAGAGGGGAACUUUAAGGUGAAGACUGAUCAACAGAAACAGAGGUCUGAACUAGCCAACAGUCUGAGAGACAUGGAGGGUCCAGAUGUUCUCCUAACACAAUUCUCUGGUCUUUAUGGCGCAGGCAAGGAAAAUGAAAGUCUCAUGUUCUUCAACAUUAAUAACUAUAAGCCGAAGCGAAUUCAAAUAGCUGGAUCUCGGAAGUUUGACCUUCAUCUCAGAGGAUUACAUGAACUCUGCUCUUGGGGCUUCAAGGAGGGAUUUCAAAAGCUGAAAGAGAUGCAUAAGCAUUUCCAACAGGAUCUGUGUGUACUGGAGGUGGAGCGAGAGGAGGCCAACAGUCUAGAUCCUCUCUCUGGUGUGUUGAUGUUUGGUACUAACUUCGUGGCCUGUAACUUCAUGAGUGAUGUUGACAAACUGUGUGUUGGGUCCUGCUGCAGUUUCCAGCGGUCAAGGGUGAUACCAAACAGACUGCUGACCAGAUGGGCGUCUAAUGACACUUUAGAGAGUUAUAAGUCGGCAGCAAGUUCCUUCAGGUCCAUCCCAGAUAUGGAUGAUUCUGAGUCUCUAGUGUCUGUCAGCAGUAUAGAAGGGUCAUUCUCAAGUUAUAGUACCAGAGACUUCAGACGAAACAGUGAGGAAGGAUCAGAAUCUGUACAGACUUCAGACACAGAGGCUACGUCUUUUUCCUCAGAUUUCUCAUUCAUUUCAAGAUUGGAUGAAUCCUCCUCCUCCCUUGAUAAAACUCUUUUAAAUGAAAAUCAAGAAUCAUUGUUUAGUAAACUUCAUUCUGCAAGUAAUCCAAAUGUGGGGCAAAAUAAGAGUCCAGCCCACGUAAACUCUCUGGCACAUGGGAGAAACCUUCCCCACCUAGAGUCUGUGACAGUGUGUCGUGGAUGUAAAGUGGAUCAGUCUGGAUGUCAGGGUCAUACAUUAUGUACAUGUUCCUGGAGCAGUGGCGAGACAGUUACACCUUCAGCGGAUAGUGAAGGUUUUAAGUUACAAGCUGAUAACUCAACAGGAGAUGUAAAAACAGACCUGCAAGGUACCCAUGGUGAAUCAAAGCUAGGAAAAUGUGAUAUAAGAAAUGGUUGUCCUAAAGACACUGAAGGAUUUGGAUGUCAAACAGAUUUUGAAAAACUGAACCUUCAACAGCAAUCUUUACCGUUGAAUUUUAGAGAUCUGCCAGAUUCCACAAGUUCUCAACAAUUAGAUGAAAGCAAUACAGACAGUUCUACUGCUUUCUGCUCCUCAUCCAAGCUGCUUAGUAGUCUGUCAACUUCCAAAGAAAGUCUAAACUCAGCGCAGGGUAUUUACAAACUGUUGAAUAACUACAGCAACAUGCAUCAUGUGAUAUACAGUCUGUUGUCAGGCCGACCAGUAAUUGUCAUAGCAACAGCAACAUUUGAAAAAGAUGUCAAAGAAAUAGUACGUGCCCUCCAGCAUUUUCUACCCAACAACCCAAGGUGUCCAGGUGGUGCCCAUCCUAACAGCUGUCUCACGUGGCUUUCUCACCUGCCCAAAAUCACAGACCUUGGAGGAAUGAAACUUGUGGGUGUGUGUCGGCCAGAGAAGAAACCAAUGGACCGAUUGAUCACUCCAGCGUUCAAGCGGUUUGUUACCAUAUUUGAUGUAGACAGGAGAGUUCUGCUUUCUCCGACCUAUCAGGGAAGUUUUCUCACACUACUCAUUAACAAGAAAAAAUCAUUCAAGUUCGAGUCAGAUGCCUUACUCGCAUAUGUUAAAGGACUGCUGUCAGAAAUCUCAUCAAAAGCUUUCAUUUUCUUCCACCUCUUCUGUCUGGGGACAGCUGGCACUUAUGCAAGUGGUUACAGUCUACAUGCUCGCAGCAAGUCAUUCCAACAGACUGUUGUGGCCUUCCUCACCAAGUUAGGGGCACUGGACGGUGAUGCUAUUAUUAUACAGUACCUGGCAGAGAUGAUUAAACAUCAGCAUAUUGAGAACCACUACUACACCACUAGUAAUACAGGUGUGCCAGUCAGACCUCUUCUUCUACGGAACCAAAACUGUCAAACAUUCAAAUGCUAAAUCCUAGAUUCUUCAUAUAUUGUCUUCAAAGUUACAUAGAAUUUCCGAAGAGCAUUCCCUACAUUUAUAGGAGAUGAUGGGUCUCGGUAGUUUUUGUAAUGAUCUUGUUGUCACUUUUUUCACCUUAUACAUUCCAAUGGUUUUUUUACAAGUAAUAUAGCAUGCAAAUAUGUCAUGUUUUCAGAAUAUAUCAAUUCUGAAGAAGUAAAACUUUCUACUUUUACACUUGAUAUGAAAUGAUAUACUCCUCCUUCAAUAAUUGAUCUGUUUUAUAUUUAAACAUGAAACAAGAUGUUUUCGUAUAAUGUUUGCCCAAAUUCUAUUGAGGUACUGGUAAUUUGAAAAUUAGAGAUACAUUUUCUAUGCAGGGAAGGUGGAGGACAUUUUCACAAAUGAAAUAUUAUCAUAGAUGUCCUUAUAAGAUGUUUGUACAUCUACCGGCUGGUGCAGGCUGGCACUUCAGGAGGACUAGAAAAAUGUUCAACUUUAUACAAUAGGUUGAUGGAAUCUUAAGGAGCUGCUGCUUCAACCAUGUCAUAUUGAAGAUUGUACAAAAGACACAAGUGAACUAAGACAUCAUAAGAUCCAGAAUUGAGGAUGGGUUUUAGGUUUGUGACAACAUUGCUUGUGUUCACCCAGGAAAGUAGAAGAGAUCACAACUAUUCAGUCUAGCAAUUCUUUAUAGAUGAUCGAGAAAAGGAUUGUUUUAUGAAGAGCAAUGAAGUAUAUUUAAAAAUGUUUUAAAUUAAGUGUUAUAGAUGAACAUUGGGUAGUGCAAUACAUAUACAGUGUACAGAGUAUAGAGUGCCAAAUUGUUAUUAUUUUGUGUUGUAGAGUUAAAUGUUAUGUUGAAAUAGUCAUAAAUUAUAAUUUUGAGGGCUUGACAUGGAUCCCAACUGUAUUCCACACUCCAAAGUUUGUAUCUUUCAGGAAAUAUUUGAAUAUUUCAGAAGUUGAUUAAUUUUAGUAAUAAAUGAUUAAGAUAUUAGGUAAAUGAAUAUGCUUCAAACAUCAGUGAUAGGUCGUCCAAGAAUAUUAUGUUUGUUGCUUUAAUUGUGUAGCUUUGAAUACAAAUUCAAGCCAACUUGUCAUAAAAUACAUCUUUUUCAUUAUUCCCAUUUUUUCGAAUGGAUAAUUUUAGUCCAGCAUCUUCAUAACCAGCCUCAACAGGGAACUUAUUCCCUUUCAAAUUCAUAUUUCAAUUAUGGACUUGUAUAUUUCAUUUGAUAAUAUUGCUUUACGUUGUGGUCCAGCAAACAGUCAUGAACAAGGUUGUUGACGCAUGCUAUAAACCAAAUAGUACCAUUCCAUUAGUAAGAACUUUAUCUUGCCUACUGUUUAUUUACUGUACUACAUCACUUAUAGUCUAGGGACACCUGUCUUUGUUUCUUUAUGUAUGCUAUUACAAUUUGAAUUACUGUCCCAGAAACUUGCGUUUCUGCAUUGAGCUAAAAAGUGCGGGAGUUGGGGUGGGGAAAUAGAUUUUGGUUGCAUGACAGGCAGCAUAUAAUGCUAUAACCCAUGUCUGUUGUUGUCUAACCCCGUUUGGAAAGAGGGAUCGGUUUAAUUGGAGAAAUAGAUUAAAGUGUUUUAAUCUAUUUCAGCGGUCAUAAACAUUCAAAUCUAUGCAUAUUUUAUUUUUAUGACAAAUUUGUCUUGUCUCCACUUUAAUAGUGAUAAAUGGUGUUAAAGGUAAUAAUUAUUUUAACUUAAUAUUGACUCACAUUUAAGUUGAUUUUAUUUUUAGAAAAUUGUAA